UAUGGAGUUUAACCCUUUUUCUGUAUUAGUUGAAUUUAGUUAACUCACUUUUAUUGUAUUCAUUGUUUAAUUAGUUUAAUGCGUUUUAGUUAGUMAUAAUUAAUAUUGUUUGWUACCGAUGUAAACAUUUCACUGAUGUCGGCCUAUUCGCCAGAUUCGAUCGUCCACCGACGGUCCAACACUAAACAGGUGCAUCCAGUGGUUGGACUAAAAAGAGUAUCUUUUCACGAAGACGUUAUUGAACCCAGCAAUGGCAAUCUCAUUCAAAUACGAAUUGGAGAAUGUGGUGAAAGAGAAGCGCCUGAAGGACAAGAAGACCCUCAACCAAAUGAAGCAUCAUCAAAAGGUUCAGUUUUAAAAUCAAAAAAACAAAAGUUUCCUUCUCUUUACAUGAACGGUUUAAACGUCGAUCUCAAUUCUCAACAAGUCGUUUUUAACCAAAUAGAACAGGAAAUGAAGGAAAAAAAGUGGACUAAUGUUUGGAGUAAACAUUUGGAUGUUGGAUCCAACCAACUGAUUAAUAUAAUUAAAAGAGAUUUACUAUUAAAAACCAAAGAAUCUAUUUAUAAAAUUUAUAGAAUGCUAAGCACUGGUGGAUCGCCUUUAUUUGUAGUUAUUACUAAUAUUAGGUUUUGUGUUUUAACUAAAAAUGUGUAUACCAAACGUUUAGAAAUAUUUUAUAGUUCAAAUUUUACAAGCCUAGAUCUAAUAGCCUUAGGCCCAUGUGAUCAAACUGCAGUCUUUGUUAGCGAAAAAUCAAAAAAGUGUACCUUAAUAACAGCAAUAGAUGUGCAAUCAGCACUACAAAUGAUUGGCAGUCUCGAAUAUGCUUACAGACAUAGUGGACUUUAUGACUCUAAUAAUGCAUUUGUUGUCAUAAAUAUUAACUGUGAUGAAAAGUUAUACGAGGCUGUAAAAUGUCAAAUUUCAAUACCUAAGGAUGAAAAAAUCAAAUAUUAUACAUGGUUGUGGUAUUAUAAAGAAAGUGAAUCUUCAAAUAGUUUAAAAUCUCAUUUAGAAGAAUUUUUAAUGGUUAAAAAAGGAUCUAUAUGGAAACCAAGAUUUGUACGUUUAAGUGAAGAUAUUUUAUACAUAUAUGAACAUGCAGAUCAAAUGUUACCGUGUGAAUCUAUACCUUUAAGAUUUGGUCGUUGUAAAAAAGUGAGAAAAAUUCGCUGUGAUCGACCGCACGCAAUUGAAAUUCUGCUAAUUAAUUAUCCUAUCAUUUUGGCACCUGCUGAUUGUAGUCAAGAAGAAAAAUGGUUUAAUGCAUUAAGCUAUUCUAUGACAGGUCAUAAAAUCUUAAAUGAUGAAUCCAAAUUACCUGAUGGAUACUGUUGUUUAUUGACCAAUAGUCAUAUAGUUUUGUACAAUUUUCCUAAUACAAUCACAGACAGCAUGUUAUUAACCAAUAUGGAUUCAUUGAAAUUAUCACCUUCACCAUCACACUUUUAUGUUGUAAUUGAGUGGUCCUGUUACGAUGCUACAUUAGAAGAUAGCUGCAAUGAUUGGGUUGUGCAUUUUUCUUGCAAAUCAAGUUAUGAUGAAUUCAUAUCAUGGUUGUGUACUUUAAGACCAGAUUUAAAUGCUUUGGAAUUARUUGAAAAAAAAUCUAUACAGCGACACCUUAAAAAUAGUAUACAUUUACAAAGUUCACUAAAUUAACUUAUU